UGUAAACUCUUAUGUCAUUGGCACGAUGCCAACUUUUGGUAAGUGAAGUGGGCGGUGCUUUUGCUAGGUUUUUUGAUGUAAACUCUUAUGUCAUUGCACGUGCUCCCAUUUUGGUGAUAGAAAUUCUUCAAAAUUCCCAUAUAAAUUUUCCUUGCUUUUAAUCUCCGCUGUAAACAAGACCAUAGACCAAAAUGUGCUCGAGGACGCGUUGGGGGCGUAUCGAUCCCAGUGUACAGGUCAAUCUGGUGCAUGGACCGAAAAGCAGGGUGAUCAAGCUUGAUAAGAAAACGCUGCCGCGGCGCGUCGAGCAGCAGCUCCUGCUGAUGGCUUCGCCGUCGCCGUUUCUUAACUUCAUGAACAAGUUCCGCCUGGACGAGAUCCUGAUCAACCAUCAGUACAAGGGCGUCUACAGCAUGCGCACCGCGGCCACAAUCACCGAGUUGGCCACCUACACGUGGAACGUGAUGUCAGCCUCCGAUCGCCAGCCGUACAUCCGGCUGGCCCGGAAGGCGCAGCAGAUUCAGCUGGCGCGGAAGCUGCACUUUCUGGGCACCAGUAGUCGGCCGGUGGCCAAGAGGGGUUCCCUAUGUCCCAUUGUUGUUUGAAGCAGUCUUGGCCUCUGUUUAGUAGCAUAUAAAAAAAUAUUUUUAAUAAAUCAUUUUUUUAUAA